UCCUUGCCGGAGCCGGGCGCCAGCCCCGCCGCGCUCCGGCGGGGGGGAUCGAUGGGCAGGGACCAGCCUCCCGCAGCUCCAGCCGGCAGACAGGCGGCGGGAGGAGACGAGCAGCCGGCCGCUCCGCCUUCGCUCCUUUCCCGUCCCGGGCUGGGGGCACCGCGCCGCGGUCACCAGCCCCGGGGACCCCCCGGCCCGCCGGCCCGCCCGGCGGCCCCGCCACCGGGCACCAUUCCCCCGCCGGGGCGGCCGCGGCUGAGCGUGGGGAGGAAAACUUUGCUGGCCGCCGCGCUCGGCGUGGUGAUGCUGCUGGCGCUGGUGAUCCUCAUCCCGGCGCUGGUGAGCUCGGCGGGCGCGGGCGGGCGCUACGAGAUGCUGGGCACCUGCCGCAUGGUCUGCGACCCCUACCCGGGCCGGGCGGCCGCCACCGCCAGCGCCCGCCCGGAGCCCGAGCCCGAGCCCGCCGGCGGGCCCCCGCCGCCCUCCACGCUGGUGCAGGGGCCGCAGGGCAAGCCGGGCCGGCCGGGCAAGGCGGGGGAGCCGGGCCCGCCGGGGGCCGUGGGCCCGCCCGGGGAGAGGGGCGAGCGCGGCCAGCCGGGGCCGCCGGGGCCGCCCGGGCCGGCGGGGGGCAGCGGCGCCUUCAGCACGGCCACGUACAGCACCGCGCCCCGGGUGGCCUUCUACGCCGGGCUCAAGAACCCGCACGAGGGCUACGAGAUCCUCAAGUUCGACGACGUGGUGACCAACCUGGGCCACAGCUACGAGGCGGCCACGGGCAAGUUCACGUGCAGCGUCCCGGGCACCUACUUCUUCACCUACCACGUGCUGAUGCGCGGCGGGGACGGCACCAGCAUGUGGGCGGAUCUGUGCAAGAACGGGCAGGUGCGGGCCAGUGCGAUUGCGCAGGACGCGGACCAGAACUACGACUAUGCCAGCAACAGCGUCAUCCUGCACCUGGACCCCGGCGACGAGGUCUUCAUCAAACUGGACGGCGGCAAGGCGCACGGGGGGAACAACAACAAAUACAGCACGUUCUCCGGUUUCAUCAUCUACUCGGACUGAGCUGCUGCCCGCUCGCCCUCGCCAAGCAGACUGGGAAGGCUCCCCGGGGCGGGGCCCAUCCCUAGAGCCUGGCCCGGGGGUCUGGCCCCGGCCUCCCUGCCACACGGAGCGCCGAGGAGGGCAUCCGGCUGCCGACAGCGAGACCCUGACAUCUGCCCCUUUCCCUUCACUUCUCUCCUCCCCCCAACAGCUACGCAGCCCCCGUGAGCCCCGUCUCACCCCCGACAGCCACGUGGCCCCCCGUGAGUCCCGUCUCACCCCCCAACAGCCACGCAGCCCCCCAUGAGACUUGUCUCACCCCCAGACGGUCAUAUGACCCCUCGUGAGCCCUGUCUCACCCCACGAUGGGCACGCGGCCCCUCACAAGCUCCGUUCCAUCCCUACUACCACGUGGCCCCAGUGAGCCCCAUCCCAUCCCCCAAUGACCAUGUGGCCCCCCACAAGCCCCAUCUCACCCCCCCCGAUGGCCAUGCAGCUUCUCAUUAGCCCCAGCCCACCCCCCAAUAGCUACGCAGUGCCCACAAGCUCCCCCCGAUGGCCACAUGGCACCCCAUGAGCUCCGUCCCAUCCCCCGACGGCCACAUGGCCCAAGAGCCCUAUCCCACCCCCUGACAGCCAUGCGGCCUCCAAUAAGCCCCUUGCACGACUGACAGCCACACAGCCCCCCGCAUGCCCCGUUCCACCCCUCUCCCCGGCAGCUACCGAGCCCCCCUGCAAGGCCUGUUCCACAUGGGCCCCCCAUGGCGUCCCCAAGAGGCACAUAGCCCCCGUGAGCUCCAAGUGCGCACAGCCCAUCACCACAGCUCCCGCGGCUUACACCCAUUCUGGGGGAAGGUGCUGGGGAAAGGCCAGUAGGGGGCGGGAGUGGGGGGAAUGAUCCACCGUAAUAUAACCUGUCCUGUCACCAGCCCGAUCCCUUACAGCCCUCACUGCAAAUUGGGUAUUAAGCCCACUUGGCGCCCGUGCCCUCCCCUCCCCCCCCACCCUACUCGGCUCACAUGCCCUCUCUCCCCCAACUUGGUGCCCAUGCCCUCC